AAAGCCUGUUCCUCACAAAAUUGUUCUAGCCCCUCGCCAUGGGAGCACUGUACCACCCCCUGCUGUGGCAAGGGCGGCUAGAAUACUCUCCAAGAAACGCGGGAAGACCCUGGUGACCUCGCACUCACGGAAAGUGGAAGCAGAAAUGGAGAGCGCAUCCGAUUGGAAUAGCAUUCUUCUUACGGCGCGCGCGCAGAGAGGCCCCCAGUGGGAUGUAAUGACCCAACAGUUUCUAGUGGAUCGUGGAAGUCCACUUUACUACGAUGCCACCGCACUGCGCCCAGGCUCUGAAGAGAAAGAGAGGCCCAAAGAUGAGGGCGAGAGCCAGUUAGCAGAAGAUCCAUCAUCGACUCAUCCUCAAGAACCGGCUCCUCAAAGCAUACAGUUUGAAACUGGCAAUGCCCCUCACCCCCAGCAACAGCAACCUCCACCGCAACAGAUUAUAUUCGCUCCCAACAGCUAUAUGCCCCCACAAGCUGCAGUGAACGGGUUUGGUGCCGAUGGCUACCUCCCUCCGGAUGUCAUGAGGAAUCCACGGCGAACCACCCGAGGCAUGAACGGGCGUGAGGGAAUGUACAGAGUCUGACUACACAUAGGAUGCUAGCUGUUAUUAUACAUAAUUUUGUGGCCUUAAUUAUUUCCAGGUAAUAAGUGUGCAUUGGUAGGGGGC